GGACGGCUGACUGAUGAGAAAAUUUAGGGUUGAAUAGCUAAGAAGAUCUCUUUCAGCUUCGUUUCGUUCGUAGUUUGUGUUUUAUAGAGAUUAAAGAUGCUGGAAAACUCUACAGAGCCUUCAUCCAUUGCCAACACAACCACGGUCAAGCGCUACGCACCUCCCAAUCAGAGGAAUCGUUCUCUUGGCCGGAAAAAAUCUGGAGUUGAGAGAUCAAAUGAAGUGGGGGAGAAGAACACAAGGUAUAAUAUUCCUAGUAUGAAUAACGGGGAUGCAACAGGUUACAACAGCAAUCAUCAGCUGAUAAUAUCCUUGUCUGGAUGUUCCAAUAGUGAAGCUUAUCAUCUCUUGAAUGACAGAUGGAAUGCUGCUAUACAUUCAUAUAAUGAUACAUCAAUAGAUUUGUCUGAGAGACCAGUGAUGUACUGUAGCAAUGUUGGUCCAGCAGCCUUGCCACAAUUUAGACUUCCUCAUCAGGCAGCACCACCUUCUCAGAUGGAUUUCUUGACUGAGCUCCGUCGUGCCAUGCAGCAUAAUAAUGCCAAUUCAACUUCUUCCCACCGCACAUUCUAAAGCCACAACGAAUGAAAGGGUCUGAAGCUAUUCUACUCUCCUUUUUAUCUUUUUUAUGAAUUCCUCCUUCAUGGUUUGCUGAACAAACCACCACCUUAUACUUUAUCUUCUUUUUUUAUCUGCAUAUUAUUACUCUUCA